AUGAUUGCCGUCCCGAACCGAACAGCGAGGAUUUACACAAGGUUGUGGUGUGUGUAUGAGGCCUUCCUCGCAUAUGAUUUGCAGAAGGAUGUAAUACAGACUGCCGUCUUGCAGGCAGGCCUUAACCGUCGCCUUUUUCGCAUGUGCUGCUUGUACUUUGCAGCUACCGGAGCCACGAUGUUAUGGAUGGUGUAUGGCGGCGCUUUAAAUGGUCAGUACUAUUACGUGAUGGCAUAUGCACUUCUGUUGAAAGGUAGCAUCCUUUAUGUGGCCCUAGCUCGCCGGUUCAGAUGGGAGAGCAUCUGUGACUCUCUCAAACAGGCAGGCAUUGCAAUCAUAUGCUUUGCUACAAGCACGGUUUUUACCUAUGUACUGAUAUCCCAGCAAGAAGGUCACACCGAUUUUCAUGGCAUGCCACUUUCAUUACGGUGGAUGGGUUUGGGCGUGACGACGGCGGCCCAAAGUGAUCGCAUACUGGCCGCAGAUGCAACCCUCCGCAGCAGACAGCUGCAUAAUGGGUUUACUGGAAGGCUCUUGGAUGCCGCUUGCUCAUCGGAGAUAGACAAGAAAAACAUUGAAAUUGAGCUGCAGCAGAGCGGUAAAGGACCAGAUGUUGAAGAAGCUGUGAAAGUUCUGAUCCGCAUGAACCUGCUCACGCCUGAACUACAGCGAACUGCGAAAUUGGUGGGUGAGCUUGGGGACGUCUCAAGCUACAGUCAGCUUUGGCUGGUUGUGGGCGUCUUCUUCUGGACGAUUCUUCCUGCGCUGCUCCGUCCAAGUGAAAGUCUCCGGCAAGAUUGGACGAGUGGCAUCAUGCAGAUUCAGAACGUCGUUUUUGGGAUUGUAUUUUGUUGCCUGCCCAAAGACCGCCGCUGUUUUGCAGCUGUCACACUGCGCUGUUGGAUAGUAGCAGUCUUCGCAAUUCCCUCCUCCCCCGUUUAUUGCCUUCUGGGAGCCACUCUUUUUGGCCCUCUGUGCUUAGUCAUGUCGUUGGCUGGCCCAUAUCGUGUCGCCUGUGUGCCGCUACUGGGCCCUCCGACGGUGCGCUUUCUCAUCGGAAAGGACCACGGGCUGGGCCUGGGCUGCUGCAAACGCCAAGCAGAGCACAAAGCUGAAGAUGCUUUGCCAGAGCUUCCGGACAUUGAGGUGGACAGGGCGAUGGCGACAAUUUCUGUUUAA